CAUAAAACCAUCGUAAGAGAAGAGAAGAGAAGAGAAAAAGAAAAGCGUACUCGUUUCAGCUUCCAUCCAUGGCUGUUCCUGCCCCACGAGCUCUCGCCCUUGAAGAGCAUCACCAUCUCCACCACCACCAGAGCACCAACCUCUUCGGAGCCUGCUAUGAAUCCUCAUACCCUAUUAGUCAUCAGCCGCUCAACGCGUUCAGUGGACCUGAAAGCGAGCUCACCUGCAAUGCCUCGGGAUCAAGGAAGCGUAGUCGGAUGCCGGAUGGUGCUGUCGCGAACUCCUUGUUUUCUGGGAUGAAAUCGGCAGCGCUUGCCACCGGAUUGCAGCUUUCCGGUGAUCAAACCCGGAUGAUCGCCUCUGCCGCUACAUCUACCAGUGGCCGCCCUUCUGCUGUCUCUCCGGUCGCUAAAGACAUCGUCUCGUUUCUCUACAACCAGAAUCUGGAGAUCGAUGCGCUCAUCCGGCUCCAGAAUGAGAGGUUGAGAUCGGGAGUGGAAGAGAUUCGGAAGAGGCAUUGCAGGGCGAUGUUGUCGGCGUUGGAGGAUAGGGUGGCGAAGCGGAUGAUGGAGAAGGAUGCGGAGCUGGAAAUGGCGAGGCGGAGGAACGCUGAUCUUGAAGAGAAGCUACGGCAGCUCGCCUCUGAGAACCAGAUCUGGUUCAAUGUCGCCCGGAACAACGAGGCCGUCGUCUCAGGGCUUCGGUCCACUCUCGAACAAGCUCUUCUUCAGAACGCCGCCGUCGGAGUUCCGCCUGUGGAGGGAGUCGGUGAUAGCGACGGUGGCGCGUUCGCCGUCGACGAUGCUCAGUCGUGCUGCUUUGAAGCGAGGAUCGCCGGCGGCGACGAGGAGGCCGACGCCGAGAGAAAGAACAAGGCGCUGAAGAGGCGGAUGGAGUGUAAGGUUUGCGGGGAGAGGGAGGCGUGCGUUCUGGUGCUCCCCUGCCGGCACUUUUGCUUAUGCAGGGACUGCGAAUCAUUUGUUGACACGUGUCCCGUUUGUCAGUCAGCGAAGAACGGCAACCUACACGUCUUCCUGUCCUAAUUUGGCGGGAAACGUUGAUCCAUUUUCGGUUUCUUCGUUUGCGUCCAGCACUUCAUAUUUUGUCCCCUUUUUUUUUUCUUAAAAAAAAAAUUAUUUUUGUUAUUAAAAUCUCUGGAUUUGUUACUUGAAUUAAAACUGCAGAAAUUUUUUAUAUAAUUUUAUUUU